AUGGGAGCGGGCUCGAGUCAACCCGCGCAUCAGCAGCAUCGUCGGUCACAGCCAGCCAGGCCGCCGCAGUACUACCUGCCCGUCCCCUACUCCGUCCCCGCAGGCGCCGUUCCGCAAGCCCCGUACGGCCAUGCGCCAUACCCCUAUGGAUACGCGUACCACCCGCAGGCCGGCGGCGGAGUGCCUCCCUCUCCGUGGCAGCACAACCCGCACUAUCCGCCUCCUCCGCCCGCCGCGCCAUGGUACGGCGGAUAUCCCGGGCACGCGCCGCCGCCAUACCAGGUCCCCGUUCCGCCGAUGAUGCCGGUGCCGCCUCCGCCUGUGGUAGCGGAGCCGCAGCAAGCGGUGACGAUAAGGAACGAGGUGAACGUGAAGCGCAGCUCGCUGCGGUUGCUGCGCGACCCGGCAGAUCCCAGCAAGCACCUCGUCGCCUUCACCUUCGAUGCCACCGUCAGCGGCAGUGUGAGCGUGUUCAUCGCGGCGCAGGAGGGCGAGGGGUGCAGCUUCAGGGGAGUCUAUCCGCAGGUGCACACACCAACGGUCGUGCGCUUUUCCAAGGGACUCGGUCAGAAGUUCGUGCAGCCGUCAGGAACGGGCGUCGACCUCUCGUGCAUCCCGGAGGAGCAUCUCUUUAGGGUUUCAGGCACCAGCCCCGUGUAUCCGCUCGUUAUUCGCACUCGCGUCGAGCCCAGAAGCUCGAAAUCCGCGGCGGUAGCGUCUCAGAAUAGUAGCGGUAGCAGCGGUGUCAGUAACGUUCAGUCCAGCGCGCCCGCGAGCGCGUCGUCGUCAGAGCCGUGCUCCGCCGGCAGCAGCCAUGGCGUAGAAUCAUGCGACUCGGAUCCAGGCGCUCCGCUGCCCACGUCGGUGCAGUCUCAGAUGACCUACGCUGUGUUUGAGAAGGCCGCUGUAACGCGUACGGAGAAAGAGGGAGAAGGGGAGUCGGUGGAGGGCGAUAAGGGGGGGAAGGGCACAGGGGAGCUGCCCGGGCUGUACGUGGUGCGGCCGGUGAAGCAGAAGAUCUGGGUGGAUGGCACCAGCUACGAGGUGCAGUGCAUGUGUGCGGACUGUGCCAAGGUGCUGCGCUACCAGACCAACAAGUGCCCCAUCUGCCGCCAGCCCGUGCAAUCAUUGCUCGAAAUCCGAGUGCCGCCCAGACUGCCCUCGCUGGACGGGCCUGAGCCGACUUCCCCUGAGGCGCAGGGAGAAGCAGCGGCGGCGGGGAGGCAGGGGCAUGGAGAGGCGCGUGCAGGGCCUCCACUGGCAGGGUCGGAUGGCCGUGCCGAUCCUAGGUCAGCAGCGGCUCUUGCGGGCAGUGGUGCUGCUGAGGAAGGAGGUUCCCGGGGGCAUGGUGAGGCGAGCAGAGGUGUGGAUGCAGCGGCAGGGAGGAGCGCAGGUGUGAGGGGCGGCGGUGGAGGAGAGGGGCCGGGUGGCAGUGCUGAUGUGGCGGGGUUGGCUGAUCAAGUAGACUCGCUUCUGUUGGGUACAGGUAGUGGCAGAUGA